UGCAGAUGCGGACAGUAACCAACCUCUCAGAAACAUGAACCCCGACUGGAGUGAACAAGACUGCCGCAGGAACGGGAACCGGGGACUAUUACAAGAUCCCACAGAGAGCCAUGCUAUGUCUAAAUCUGAAGCACAGGAGGGGCCAAGGAUAGAAGCAGUUUACACACAAGAGGAGUCCUUUGACCAGGGCUGGUGUGCGAGUCUAAAGCAGGUUACAGGGCUGGCGUGUGUUAAAGAUGAAGAGGUCCCUCGACUGGAAUGUGUUCCUGUUAAAGAGGAACUCCUGGAAUGUGUCCCCAUCGCAGAAGAUGUUCCUACUGAAAUUAAUGUCUUUACACUUGAGGAGAACCACAAGCUGGGAUCCAGCAUGUAUGAUGAUUGUCCACCUGAAUGUGAACUGGGAUUUAGAGCUGCUAAAGGAUAUCUGACAGGAAGGACUCUGUUUCCCUGUGCUGAUUGUGGGAAGGGUUUCGGACGUUUCUCACAGCUUAAAAUCCACCAGCGCGUUCACACAGGAGAUAAACCUUACCACUGCUCUGAGUGUGGGAGGAGUUUCACGCAGUUACAGAAUCUUAAAAGACACCAGCGCAGUCACACAGGAGAGAGGCCUUAUCAAUGCACGGAGUGUGGGAGGAGUUUCACAGUGUUACAAAAUCUUAAAAGACACCAGCUUGUUCACACAGGAGAGAAACCUUAUCACUGUUCCGAGUGUGGGAAGAGAUUCACACAGUUAAGACAUCUUCAUUCACACCAGCGCAUUCACACAGGAGAGAAACCUUACCACUGCUAAAUGUGGGAAGAGUUUCACAUAUUUAAUUUCCUUGAAAACCCACCAGCGGACUCCCAGUCGGGUAACACAUAUGGGGCUGUGUGUUCGUGUACCUUUCUGUCCGUAUGUAUUAAAUAUUCUCACAGAGCAUGAAACGCAGGAGUGCAGAAAUAAAGGAGAUGUAUUAAAUUAUACCUAAAGUCCCCAGGAGCAGUCACAUUGACAGCCACACAGAAAACUAUUUUAUUUUGAUUAUACAGAAUGGUAUUCCACCUUAUU